UGUUGAUGGUGACGACGACGAUGAUGGUGAUGUAGAGGCAGCAGCGCGCGCGGCUCUCCGACUCCUCAGUCCGCCGUGGGAGGCGCGCGUCCCGCUCGCGUCCUCGCGCUUCUGCUCCUGGAGCUCCGGGGAGGGAGGACACGGCGCACAUGGAGUAAACAUGGUCAUUUCCUAAAGUCAAGGUCGAGAGGUGCCACCGGGCAGCAGGAUGAGUUUGAGAUAUAUGCGGCAGGCAAACAAAGGUGCACUUCUUCUAAUGAUCUGCGUUAUUGGCCUGUGGGAGAGGUCUGCAGCAGCAGAAGACCACAGAGCGCACCCCGUGCGGACCGGGACCUGCGAGGUCGUCGCUGUUCACCGCUGCUGCAACAAGAACAAGAUCGAGGAGCGCUCUCAGACCGUCAAGUGCUCCUGCUUCCCUGGACAAGUGGCCGGGACGACCCGCGCGGCGCCCUCCUGCGUCGAUGCCUCCAUUGUGCAGCAGAAGUGGUGGUGUCAGAUGGAGCCCUGCCUGGAUGGAGAGGAGUGUAAGGUUCUCCCCGACCUCAAAGGCUGGAGCUGUGCCACGGGCAACAAGAUUAAGACCACUAAGGUUUCCUCAGAUAGAGAUCAGCUUUGGUAA